AUGUUCACAGAACCCCCUGAGACGUCCAUCUAUCCAAGGAACGAUGUGCAGCUGGCUGUUGAAAACACGCUCAUCUGUCACGUGACAGGCUUCUUUCCUCCACCUGUCAAUGUCUCAUGGACUAAGAACAAUGUCGUUGUGACGGAAGGCGUGAGUCUGAGUCAGUACCGACCGAGGAGCGAUGGAACCUUCCAUGUGUUCUCCUCUCUGAAGAUCACUCCUGAAGAGAGAGACAUUUACAGCUGCACAGUGAACCACCGAGCCCUCCAGGGCCAACCGCAGACCAAAAUAUGGAGCGUCCCGGAGGCGGCUGCUGUCCUGCCCAGCGUGGGUCCGGCAGUCUUCUGUGGAGUGGGAUUAACUCUGGGGCUGCUGGGAGUCGCUACUGGACUCUUCUUCCUUAUUAAAGCAACUACAACUGACACGCCAGAUAUGGCCAAAAACAUAAAACAUUUAAUGCAGUGGACCCAAUCAAUAAAGACAGUUCCUCCAGGAUUCUGAAGACAGAGAAACAGUGCAUCUGUGUGUCGUUUUAGAUGAUGGACAGCAUUGCUGCUGUUGAAGACUGAUCAAUGCAAAGAUCUGGUUUAACCUUUGUUGAAAUUGGAUUUGCUCGCUAUGUAGCACUAAUCAUGCUUAUAUCUAGAAGACUUUUUAUUUAUAUAGUACAUUUGCAGUUCAUCAUAAGUAAUCUAAUUAAAUCACAAUCUUUAUAUUGAGUUACUUAAUUAAACUAAGACACUUUUGCUACUUUCAUGCAAAAUGUAUUUGAUUUUGUUAUGAACUGAAAUGUUUAUUGUUUUGUACUUAAAAUAAUGGCAAUAAAAAUUAAACACGUUUGAGAAACUUUUACAAU